CGCAGGGGUGGCGCCGCGCAUGCGGGGGUGGGGGCGCCGAGAGCCGUACCGGAGGCAGCGCGGGCGGCAGAUCCAAUGGCUGUCCCACCGUCAUACUGUGACUUGGGAAAGUCUGCCAGGGAUGUUUUCAACAAGGGAUAUGGAUUUGGAAUGGUCAAGUUAGAGCUGAAGACCAAGUCUUCUAGUGGAGUGGAGUUCACUGCAACCGGUUCUUCCAACACAGACACAGGCAAGGCUUCAGGCAGUCUGGAGACCAAAUAUAAGGUCAAAGACCAAGGACUUACAUUCACCCAGAAGUGGAACACAGAUAACACGUUGGGAACGGAAGUUUCUGUUGAGGAUAAGUUCGCUACAGGGUUGAAGGUGGCUCUUGACACUACAUUUGUACCAAACACAGGGAAGAAGAGUGGAAAGUUGAAGACCUCCUACAAAAGAGAAUAUAUACAUCUAGGCUGCAGUGUAGACAUUGAUCUCUCUGGACCAACCAUUUAUGGCUGGGCAGUGUUGGGCUUUGACGGCUGGCUUGCUGGCUACCAGACGGCUUUUGAUACAGCCAAGUAUAAGCUUUCACAAAAUAAUUUUGCCUUGGGAUAUAAGGCAGGAGACUUUCAGCUGCAUACUUAUGUGAAUGAUGGCACUGAGUUUGGUGGGUCUAUUUAUCAGAAGAUUAAUAAUAAGGUAGAGACAUCAGUCAAUCUCGCAUGGACUGCUGGCAGUAACAACACACGUUUUGGUUUUGCUGGAAAGUACCAAGUGGAUGAGAAGACUUCUGUUGUGGCUAAAGUGAACAAUGCCAGCCUCAUUGGAAUUGGUUACACUCAUGCCCUCCGACCUGGUGUAAAGCUGACCCUCUCAGGCUUGAUUGAUGGCAAGAAUUUCAGUGCUGGAGGUCACAAAAUUGGGCUGGGAUUUGAGCUGGAAGCUUAACACAGCUUUAAGUAAAACAACUGGUGGUGCUCUGGAAGAUGAAGGAAAAGUGUACCCAGUGUAUUUCAGCCUUAAUAUUACUCUGAAAUUUGAAGAAGUGUGAACUUUCUGCUCUUCCCAAGAAUGACUUUAACCCAAUGUUGAAGUCCAGAGUGUGCCAGCACAACAAAGGAAGACACCUGAAGGCAUGCAUGGAAGUUGUGAUGUUUGUGCCACAUUUUGGUUUCCUGUAUUUUAAAUCUGUUCCAAAAAAAACCAGAAGAAACUUCAACCUCUCCCCAUUACUGUAUUGCAUUUUGCAUGUCCUGUACUUCACAGCCUUUUAUAAAAGGAGGUCUCUGUGCUGUAGUGGAAAUUUGGGGUUACAUCAGAAUAAAAUAAAUUGCUCACGGUCAGAACAGAAGGUUGGUGUGUGUUGACUUGCACCAAGGUUCCAUCCAGCUUGGUUUUUUGGGUUUUUUUUUUGUUUUUUUCUUUUCAUGCAACUUUAAGUAUGGUUAAUAGAUAAUCUGCCAAUGCUUUGUUACACGAUACCUGUACACUGAA